AUGGCGGGUUCUCUGACGCUUGUUUUCCUUCUGGUCGUCUGCUUCGCUGCUACUGCUGCAGAUAACCACCAUAACAACAUGCACGCCUGUAAAAAUGUGGCGUAUGGAAAGUCUGCGGUUCAAAGUUCCGAAUAUAAUUCUGAAAAAUAUCCAGCAUCGAAUGCUGUCAAUGGUGACCUAACAGACUUCUCCCAUACCAAGAAAGAAAAAUCGGCAUGGCUUAGGAUUGAUCUUGGAGAGGACCAUGAAGUUACCGAAGUUGAGGUCUUCACUAGACCGAAUUGCUGUGGUGGCCGACUUCACGACGUAGACGUCAGAGUAGGCAAAACAGCGAAUUUCAAUGAUAUGGUCUUAUGCGGUCAUUUCCAUGGACCUGCACACGUUGGAGAAAAGUUUUCUGUAUGGUGCCCUUCUGAAACAGUUGGACGAUAUGUACAGAUACAGGCCGUGGGAGGAUCAGAGACUUACUUAGACCCGGCAGAGGUGGCUGUUUGGGGACAUUUGUAA